AUGAAUAAAUAAUAAUCAAUCGGAUAAUAUACUUUUGAUUAAGGUAAAACCUUAGGAGAAGGUACUUUUGGUAAAGUGAAGUUGGCAACCCAUCAAAUCACUUAAGAGAAAGUGGCAAUAAAGAUCUUGGAAAAAAGCAAAAUAGUUGAUGCCUCUGACAUCGAAAGAGUUACAAGAGAAAUUCAGAUUCUUAAAUAAAUCCGACAUCCCAAUUUAGUUUAAUUAUAUGAAAUAAUAGAAACUUAGAAAUAACUCUUUCUAGUUAUGGAGUAUGUCAAUGGUGGAGAACUAUUCGAUUACAUAGUCUAGAAUCAGCGACUUAGAGAUGCUGAAGCUGCUAAACUCUUUGGCUAAUUGAUUCAGGGGAUAGAGUACAUGCAUAAAUUAAGGAUAGUGCAUAGGGAUUUGAAACCUGAGAAUCUGAUGUUGGAGAAUAAAUAAAGAGUCAAAAUUAUUGAUUUCGGACUAUCAAAUUUAUAUGCCAAUGAUGAACUUCUUAAAACUGCAUGUGGGUCACCAUGUUAUGCAGCACCUGAGAUGAUAGCUGGUAAAAAAUACAAUGGAUUGAAUUCUGACAUUUGGAGUGCUGGCGUUAUCUUAUUUGCUAUGUUGGCUGGCCAUUUGCCAUUUGAAGAAGCCAAUACAAAUUUAUUAUAUAAGAAAAUAUUGGCAGGGGAAUACAAAUGUCCCAAUACAAUUUCUUUACCUGCCAAGAAUUUAAUUGCUGGUAUUUUAUAAACUGACCCUCUAAAAAGAUACACAAUCACAGACAUCAGAAGACACCCUUGGAUGACUAAUAAUUACAAGGCUCCCUUGCAAAUGGGAAUUAUUGUUGGACUUCAUAAAAUACCAUUAGAUUUUGAUAUUUUGAAAUAGUUAGUUAAAAUGGGUUACGCAUAAGACUAUAUUGAAAAAUGUGUGGAAGGCAAUAGACACAAUUAAGUGACAACAAUUUAUUAUUUAUUAUUAAAGAAGCAUCUACUCAACGGAGGAAAAUCUUUUGCUGAUAUUGGCUCCGACAUAUUCACUCCUAUUCCACUCCCACCUAAACAUGCCUCUACUUCCGAUUAUGGCACUAAAUAGAACAAUAAACCCCUGCCUGUUAUUAGACCUAAGCCUCAUGAUGAAUCUCCUAUCAAUCUCAGAGGUCGUUAUAAUAAUAACUCUCUGCAUUCUCAAUAAACUACAACUUUAAAUUAAUCACCAAAAAUCCAUUCUGUAGAUUCAAAAAAACCAUAACUUGAUAACUUUAAAUUAGAUUUGAAUUAGACUUUAAGAGACCCUAAUUAUGGAAAAAUCAUCACUCCAUCAGUUAGACCUAGAGGAAUCAGUGAUUAUUAGUGUAGAUUUGGAACAAAUGGUCAUGAAUCCACAAGAUAGAAGUCAGUGGAUUAUGGCCAAACUAAUUAAAUAAAUAUACCCUAUUAUAAUGAUACUAGAAUGAAAACAUUUUACAAGGUCAAGUGA